UUAUCUAAUCUCUACUUCUAUUUGUCUUCGAUGUAGUCCCUUUGUCAUCGGCGAGUCGGCGUUGGCUCAACUGCUCGGUAUUCUUGCUUGGUUGCUGCUUGUUUGGCUACCGAGGUUCGAGAAAGCAAGUCGCGGCCGGAGCGAGCAGCAGAAGGGUACAGCUGCGAGUAGCGUGCGCAGGAGAAGGAAGAUUCUGAAACGCGGGCAACUCUCUCUCUCUCUCUCUCGUCCCCCUAAUCCAGAAUUUAAUUUGAAGUGGAGGAGAAACGUGAUUUAAGAUUCUACAGGGUUCUACGCUAAAUCCGGGUCAUUUCCUGGUUAAAUCCUGCUACCAAACACUCCUUGCGAUGGCUAAUAAGCAUCAGAAACGUGGCCAAAAGGAGGAGAAGAAAAAGUAUAAUCUUUCAUCAAAAGAUCCUGAAGAAGGGAUACUUGGAGAAGGCUUCGCUGUGAAGGAGGUGGAAGAUGAAAGCGACAUCCAAGACAAUCAUUCUGAUUCCGAUGUAUCGUCUGACGGGGACCCAUUCACCGACGACUUCCUCCGAGAUAGCGAUAAAGAGAAGUCAGAUGAGUCCGGGUUGGAAUCAGAUGAGUCGGAUCUGGAAGAGAAGUCCAGAGCGAUAGAUGAGGCAAAGGCGAGAGCUUUGGUGGAAGCAGAGGAGGAGUUGAAGUUAAAUAUAAAGGAGGAGUACGACGAAUUUAGAUUGCCCACCAAAGAGAAUGAGGCUGUGAUAGACUAUGCUCUUAAGAGGAGAGAUGUGCAGGUUGUACCCUGUGGUUUAGAUUUUGGUCGCCCUGGCUUCAUACGUUUCCGAGAGCAUCGUUUUCACGUUUCUUUGGACAAGACGAGAAGGUUCUACCCCCAUGUGAACAACAUGGAUGGAUUCUUUGUUGCUAAGUUGAAGAAGAAAAGCAAUUCCAAACCAGCAAAGGCUGAACCCUCCACGGCUUCUGUAAACGCAGGCGAAGAAAUGGUCGUGGAGGACAAUGAAAAUGAAAAGACCAUAAAACCAUAA